AUGGUGAAGAUUCCAGAGUUAUUUCAAUCUGUGGAUGCUUACCUUGGUCCAUAUGUCUUCCCUUUACUGGAAGAAACACGUGCUGAACUUAAAUCUUCCAUGUACACUAUUAAUGCAGCACCUUUUGCAGAGGUCACAUAUCUUAGAGCGGCAAAUCCUUCUGAUAAGCAAUCAUUUCUUUACGACGUUAAAGUUGAUAGCUGGAAAAAUAGAUUUAUGGAUAAUGGUAGUAAGCCAUAUAGAACCGUGCCUGGAGAUGUUGUUUUGCUUUCAGAUGGGAAACCUUCUGCGGUUGCUGACCUACAGUUAAAGUUUGAAGAGAAAACAAGAAUAAUUUUGUGA